AUCUCCACUUGAAGCAAGAAGAAAUUUAUUUAAUUUUGACGACAAUGAAGACAUUGAAGACCGAACCGUUCACUGCCAUCGCGACAAUUUCAAGAAUAAACAAUUUGGAAGAUGAGACGUCUAAUAUGAGGAUGCUGCGAUUCAAGAAAUUAUGAUUACCGUCAUAGUUUUUAUUAUUAAUUUUUAAUUAUAAAUUAUUAUUAAACUUUAGUUAUAAAUAUAAAGCAGAUAUGCUUUCAAAGUACAGAUUUUUAUUGCUGCUUGCUUGCGUAGGAUGUGUUUUGUUAUUCAUUACAUUCGUGGAGAGAAGUUUACAGUCACAGACACCGAAGGUAAACUUAAUGCAGCUUCAAACGGCAUAUGAGGUGACUGGUAAGUCAUCAGGAGCUUCUAGAAUCAUAAUCGAACCGUUGUGCAACGCUACUUUUCUGAUAUGGAUCGUCACAUCUUAUGCGGGUGAACCUUCGGCGAGAAGUGCUUUACGGCGAGCUUAUACGGAUGAAGAGUUGCGAGUUUUAGGAAUCCAAAGAGUAUUCCUACUCGGUACGUUAAAUGACGAUGCCGAAAGGAAGACACGCGUGCUGCAGAAUGCGUUACUGGAUGAGUCGCGACGAUUCAGUGACAUACUUCAGGGAGAUUUUUUGGACACUUAUAGAAACUUGACUCGUAAGCAUCUCAUGGGCCUUCACUGGGCGGCAAAUAAUUGCAAAGACGUUAAAUACAUUAUGAAGAUGGACGAUGAUAUUGUUGUGAAUAUAUAUGGCAUACUAGAGAAGUUACGCUCGGGUAUGAUAGAGGAGAAUUCUCUAACUGGUUACAUCAUGAAGAAUAUGAUCCCCGUUCGAGAACCAGCCAACAAAUGGUACGUGAGCAGGGCGGAAUACGCGAACAGCGUUUAUCCCGACUUCGUCUCUGGCUGGCUGUACAUCACGCGUCCGCAGGUGGCAAGUCAACUAAUCGAUCACGCCGAGUCUUCCCGCGAAUACUUUUGGAUAGACGAUGUAUUUGUGACCGGCAUCCUGAGACACGCUUUAAACAUAAAAAUUCAAAACAUUAGUGAGCUGUACACAACGGACCACGGAUACUUGGAGUGUUGUAUAAAAGGGAGAGCGAAUCUGUUAAAAUGCGAACUCUUAGUCGGUCCUAACGGCGGCGAUGCUGAGUUGCAAGUGAGAUUCAAGGAAUUCGCAAAGUUUUGCAACGCAAAUUGUUCCGUCCGCAAGGAGAAUAAUCUCGUUGGUAAGACUUGCGUGCUGGCGUACAAAGAGCCGAAUCUGCAUAAAGGCGCCGUGCAGAUAAAUCCGAUCAGAAUUUUAUAAAAGAAUAACAGAUAGGAAGGUAGACUAAUGAGAUUAAUAAUAUAUUUUUGUUACAGAGAAUAUUUUCUAUUUAUUAUCGUAUAUAAAAUUUGUACAGUAUAUUUUACAUUUGCUAUUAUAUAGUUUCAUAGACUCGCAGUUGUUUAUUUUAUUUAUCUUUUUAUGCGUCAAUAGUUCUUAUACGAUAGUUGCUACAUCACAGUUCUAUAUAUGUGAUAUACAGUUUCUUUACAUAAAAUACGGCGACACUUUUUAGGUCUAUAUUUUCGACGCCACAAUAUUUAUAGAUUUCUUCAAAAAAUCUUUUAAACAGAUCUUGAUGACCAAUAACAUAAAAUACUUAUCAUUUAGUUAUCAUCAGAAAAAGGUAAAAUUUAAAAUAAUUAUUUAUUACCUGUCGUUGACGAAAAUAAUUCAAAAAUUAAAGACAAAGACUAAAAAAAAUUAUACUUCUCUAUAAUCUUUUUCUGGACGUUACGCAAGAAAUAUAUAUUACAGUAAAUUUGUAACUUUCAUAAAUCAAAAUGCACCUUGCAAUCUUGCCUGCUUUAUAGGUGUAGGUGCUAU